CUAAACCCACAACAGUAAAAUCUGUAUAUGCAGUAAAGCAUAGUUGAUAUACUCACUGUGGAAGGGCUUAAUCCUCUGCAUUGUGUAAAAAUGCUGUUUGAUCCUGACUUCUUGUCCCUCUCUUAUUUCCUGAUAAGACAUAUCGUGUGGAGACAUUCUGCACAUGCUCAGUUUGGUGUCUAUUGCUAGAGAGGUUUUUUUUUUUUCUUGGGAGGGUGCAUAUGAUCAGCACAGGGCCAAUCAGCAUUGUCCAUACAUAGGUCAGGGGUUCUGCAUCCUCCUAGAGCAG